CGUCGCUGAGCCCGCGCCUGCCGUACAAGACCCAGGACAUACACAGCACGACCGGGAGCAAGCCAUCGAAGGAGAAGAUGGGGGUAAGCCCAAGAUGAUACUCAUCGACAACCUCGCAAGCGUCAUCAACCCGCUGCUCAAAAAAGACUACAUCCAAGCAAACACCCUAGCAUCGACAUUCCUCACGGCCCUCACCCGCCUAACACAUUCGCACGGCCUGCACACGCUCCUCCUCAACCCAACUUCCGCCCCACGCUCCGCUUCAGCACCACUGCACCCGCCCCAGAACCCAGGCCAAGUAGCUCCGCCUCCUCCACAACGAGCUCAACACCCGCCCCAGCCACCUUCUGUAUUUGCGAGCAACACCGCUGUGCCGAACUUGAUGAACGUGCUUGGCCGACAUGUGGAUGUGGGGUUGUUGGUGACGAGGGUGCCAAGACGGAAGUUAGAUGCUAGGGUAUUUUACAGUGAUGGUGGGGGGUCGAAUAGGGGGAGUACAGUGAGGCAGGGCAAGGGUCCUGAGAUGAUUGGCGUCAUGGAAGUCAUGAGUGAUCGGUGGGGAGGCAGGGUCGGGGCGUGGGGCACGUUUGUAGAGAGUGAGAACGGGUUAAAGGAUGUUUAAUUCUCCUUGAGGAUAUCAAGACUUCAUCGAGUCUUCAAGAGUAAACGCUUCAUCUCCUGA